CGGAGAUGGGGCUAGUACGGCGGUUGCGGCUGGUGUGGCGUCGUAUUCUGGAGCAAGUAGUGUUGUCCUUGGCGACUUCUAUCUUCCUGUGGCGUCGUCCGUGUUACGUUUUGCGGCGCUUCCUUGGUCUUUUGGCGGCGUUUUGCUUCGCGUUUCGGGAUUAUCAUCGUUUCAAUUUCUGGCAGCGGAAUUGCUGCGGCGCACUGUGGUUGGUGGCGGCGGCGAUUACUGUGGCGUUUCAUGCGUUGUCACGGCGUCGUAUCGUACUGUGGCGUCCAUGUUGUACGGUGGCGUCCCGUGUUGCAGCGUCAUUACAUCGUGUUUUACGGCAUUCUGUAGCGGUGCGGCAUUUCGUGUAGUGGCGUUCUGUCUUGUAGCAUUCUUGCGGCGUCUUGUGUGUUCUAGUGGCAAUAUCUCAUUGCGGCGUCGUCCCGUCGAUGCUGCGGCAUUACGUUGCGGCAGCAUCCGGCGCAUAAAGUGGCAUCCCAUCAGUGCGGCGGUGACCUCAUGUUACGGCGGCACUGGGCGCAUGUAG